UAGAUAACAACAAAGUAAAUUCCACCCAAAACACGGUUCUACAGUGAUAUUUUACAUUGUUCAAGAUUUCAGCUGUGACUCCUGCCUAGAAAUGAAAUUUAGAUUCUGCGGGGACGGCGAUUGUCCCGAUUGGGUGUUGGCCGAAAUACAUUCCAACCUUGCCCAGCUUACACCGGACCAACUGAACCAACUGGGAGAGCAUACAGCGAAAUCCAUCUUAGGAGCGGUCAUCCCGGAAGAUGAAAUUAGCAAAAUCUACGCCAUCACCAAGGGCUCCAUGGACGCACCAAAGGGAGGCAUGGCUUGUCUGCGGUUUCUCUUGACCAUUGCGUCACGGUACAACACGGAGAUUGCCGUAUUCGGAACGGAAUUACAACAGCUCGGUUUGCCAAAGGAACACACCGCGAUCAUGUGCCGGCUGCUCGGCGACCACGUGCAAAAAAUAAGAACUGUCCUGCGGGACAAUAGCUUGAGUAUAAAUCAGCUGGAAACAUUUCAAUGCAGCAUUCCAAAGAACACGAUCGACUGCAUUCAGCUUAAAAUUGGAAUACACAACGAGAUUGUCGACGGAGUACCACAAAAAACUAAUCACACUGUGAAUCUCAACCGGAAUGAUGCGCUGCUGUUGCUGAACGAGCUUAAAUCCGUUCGUGAUACGAUGGAGAAUUACAACUUUGAUAAAAAGUAUACAGAAGAAAAAUAAAGAACCAUAAAUGA